AACAAAUACAAUGAAAUGAAAGCCAUUGCGGAGUCUGAAGGAAAGUCUUAUGAUGAAGAAGACACUGAGCUGUUUUGCAAGGUUGUGUCGAAGUAUAGAGGGCGCCGGUAUGGGACCGGGUCAGAGGCUGAAUCGCUAGAAAGCGUUGACGGCCCGAGCCGAGGGCCAACUCAAGAGAAGAUAGAUAGGCGCAUUCGGGAGGAGGUUGAGGCUCGCUUCGCACGACACCAGCAGGAAGUUCAAGCUCAAAUGGCCCCUCAAAUGGCCAGUAUGUCUGGAGCCUUUAUGGCAUUUAUGGAGCAAGUACGCAGCAGUAACCCGUUGAUCCCAUUGCUCGACUUUCAUAGCUUUCGAACUCCGACGCCGGUGCGGAUGAACGUCCUGAAUGGAGAUUCCAAUGAAGUCAGGAUGGACAACAUUUUCGAUGAGAUGGGUGGCAAUGGCGUUGUGGAGGCUAGGUUGUGAAUUUCAGUUUUUAAAGCUUUCUGGACUUGUAUCUAAUGUUUUUUGGACAUCCCUUGUGAUGAACUAUUUUUUGGGUUUUUGUGAUUGAUUUUUGUUCAGUCUGGACCACUUUAUUGGGGUGCUUUUUACCCUGAUUAACAAUGUACUUGUUUAUUUGGUAUUCUUGUUUGACAUGCUUUGGUGUUAAUUUGUUCAUUGUAUUGA